AUGUUUGUUAUUAUUCAUUCAUUCUUUACUAAUAUAUAGUUUCAUAAAUAUCAUCUGGUUUUCUGUACUAAUACCAAAUUUUGGAUAAUCUUCCUCUAAAUACCCCUAAUUUAUAUUUUUCAUUUAGUUAAAAUAUUUAAAUAUAUAAUUACAAUCCCUGUUCCUCCAACAAUAAAUUAAACUGAGCUUGGAUAUUUCGUACCAUCCUUUGUUUCAAAUAUUAACUUUUAAUAAGCUUAAAGAGUGAAAAGGCUCAUUUUCCAAACUUCCUCAUAAUUUUUAGGAUCAUAAUAUAUCUCAUACUUCUCAUAAUUAUCCAUUAUAACAUUCGUUUACAUGAAUAUUCUUCAUUAAAAACAAUAAUUAUACUUGAGGUUGAUUCAUAAAUAAAUAUGAUAUAGGAGUAAUUUUUGUCAUAUAAAAGCUCCAAAAUUCAAAUUAAACUACAUCAUCUAUGUUGCCAAUUCAAGUUGUAUCAAUUGGGUCUUCUUUGCUCAAAAAAAGAAAGAAUAUAGCAAAAUAUCAUUUUUGAUGUUUAAAAAAAAACAAUAAAUAGCUAAGACACUUUGUUAAGACUUUAUUUUUGAGAAGUGCCCCUAAAUAUUGAUGUAUAAGUUAUUUUUAAUAAAAUUAGAACACAAAUAUAAUAAAUGUUCUAAGGAAUUUAAAAUUCAAAAGUUUUGUUAUAUUGGUCUCUCUAAUUCAAUUUUAGAUUUAGUUUAUUGCAUUAAAACAUUAUGUUGGUGAUUGAGGAAUUUCAUUUAUAUGAAAUAUUAACGAAUAGCAUAAAGUCUUAUUAUAAAAAAAUUUUAUUAAAUAUUUUUAACUUAAUUAAUUGUUUCUGGAAUAUAAUUAAAAUUUUUUUUUAAUAUUCAGAACUUAAUCUCAUUUUUUAUCUUCAUCAUCAUUCAUUUUGUUGUUAAUUUAAGUUUAAAAAAACAACAAUUUAAUUUUCAUUUUUCAGAGUUAUCAAUUGA